CCUGACAGCCGCAUCGGAGGAGCUGCGAGGAAGCCCCCCCGCUAACUCUGCUGCACUUUUGUUCCGUGGUUGCUUGGUGUUCUCCUCGGAUGCUGGAUGACAUCCGCCACCACUUCCACCACCAGUACCACCACUGCACCUCUGACCGGCGAACAUGGACAGUCAGGGCAGCCGUUGUAAGAUUGUGGUGGUCGGGGACGCGCAGUGUGGCAAAACGGCGCUGCUGCACGUUUUUGCCAAGGACUGCUACCCGGAGAGCUACGUGCCCACUGUGUUUGAGAACUACACAGCCAGCUUUGAGAUUGACAAGCACCGCAUCGAGCUGAACAUGUGGGACACGUCAGGUUCUUCUUACUACGACAACGUGAGGCCGUUGGCGUAUCCCGACUCCGACGCCGUGCUCAUCUGCUUUGACAUCAGCCGCCCAGAGACCUUGGACAGUGUCAUUAAAAAGUGGCAAGGCGAGACGCAGGAGUUUUGUCCCAGUGCCAAAGUGGUCCUGGUGGGCUGCAAGCUGGACAUGAGGACGGAUGUCAACACCCUGAGGGAACUCUCCCAGCAACGGCUCAUCCCUGUUACCCACGAGCAGGGCAGCACGAUAGCUCGGCAGAUGGGCGCGGUGGCCUACGUGGAGUGCACGUCCAAGGUGUCGGAGAACAGCGUCCGGGACGUGUUCCACAUCACCACCCUGGCGUCGGUGCGGCGGCCGCACAAGCCGCAGCUGAAGCGCAGCAGCUCCCGCCGGGGGCUCAAGCGGGCGUCGCAGCUUCCCCUCCCGCCGCUGCCCGCUCGGACUGAACCCAUGGACCAAGCCCCCGUCCUCAGGAAGGACCGGGCCAAGAGCUGUGUGCUCAUGUAGACACCCAGCCCUCCAUCAUAUGAAUAUUAGUGUACAUAAAAAUAUAUAUACCAGAGGACAUCUAUUUAUUCUUUCUUUGUUGGUAUUUUUAUUUUUGCACUGUGGAAAUCUGCUUUUUU